AUGCCAAUUAAGUUCAUAAUCUCUCAGAACAAUUACAUCGGCAGCGAUAUGUCUGAUUUCGACACUCUCGGUCAAGCCGAGUCUCAUACUGGUCAUGAUGUGGUGACAAAACAACAAGCUCGACACCGGCAUAUUAACGACCGGGCGGUAAUCGAAAACCCUCUCUCUCACUAUACCGACGAACAGCUAGAGGCAGAUGUCACGUUAUUCGCGGAGAGGUAUCUGAAUGUCGACAAGGGAGCUUUGAUACGAGCUGCGCGUGUGGCAAAGGAUAUCAAGCUAUACGACGAAGUUGCGAGAAACCCAAGCGAUGCGGCAGGAAAGGAGCUUCCGGUCCAGCUGACGACAGAGGAGAAGCGGGCACUUGUUCGGGAACGCGAUGUCCCGUUCAGCGAAAAGGGGAUGUGGACCAUCAUCAUCACAGUGUCCCUCGCAGCAUUCUUGCAAGGCCAUGUGCAAGCGUCAUUCAACGGCUCAUCUCUGUAUGACACGGAAUUCGGGCUGAACACGACGGCCAAGAAAGACGACAACAGUGCGACGGGGAGCCAUGCUGAGUUAGGAAUCGAUGACUGGAAGCUGGGAGCGGCGAAUGCGUCUCCUUUCUUGUUUGCUGCGGUGCUGGGCUGCCCUCUUGCGCUGCCGGUGAACCAUUACCUAGGCCGUAAAGGGGGUAUGGUAGUGGCUGCUUUUCUUAUCCUGGUCAGCUCUAUCGCUUCGGCUUUCGCGACGAACUGGGUACAUCUUUUUGGUAUUCGGCUGGUGAAUGGUAUAGGUAUGGGACUCAAGGCCGUCAGUACACCAAUCCUAGCCAGUGAGACCGCGGUCGGUUUCUGGCGUGGCACCUCCAUUCUCGCAUGGCAGCUCUGGGUAGCCGCGGGCCUGAUGGUUGGCUUCGCCUUCAACCUGAUAUUCGACACAGCGGGCAACAAGCGGCUGACCUUCCAACUCAUGGUGGGCGCGCCCAUGGUCCCCGCCCUCGCGCUGCUCGUCCUGGUCAUCUGUUUCUGCGAAGAGAGCCCGCGCUACCUGAUGCGCGUGUCGAGUCCGCGGUACGACCCGCAGCGGGCCUACGAGAUUCUCAAGAAGCUGAGGAACACUGAGCUGCAGGCUCUCCGGGACAUUUACCUCGUGCACAAAUCCAUUGAGCAGGAGGAAGUGCCGGGCGGGGUCGCGAAUCUCAAGUACAUUCCGGGAUUUGUGUCGACCGUGGUGGGAUUUCUGCGGCAGUGGAGGCAGCUGUUUCUUGAGAGGCGGUUGAGGAACGCGUUGAUCAGUAGCUCGACUGUGGCGCUUGCCCAGCAACUGUGUGGGAUCAACGUGCUGGCCUUCUACUCAGGCACGCUCUUCAGCCGCGCCGGUGCGGAGAAGCGGGAUGCCAUGUUCUUCAGUCUAGGCUAUGGAGCCGUCAACUUCAUCUUUGGGCUACCCGCCAUCCGAACGAUCGAUACGUUGGGCAGACGGAAAUGGCUGAUAUUGACUCUACCCGUGAUGGCACUCUUCAUGCUCCUCGCGGGCGUCUCCUUCAACAUCCACAACCUGAAUGCCAAGGUCCCGGUGGUGGCGCUAUUCAUACUGCUGUUCGCGGCCGCGUACUCACCCGGGCUGGGACCCAUCCCGUUUACUUACGCGUCAGAGAGCUUCCCGCUGUCGCACCGCGAAGCCGGGGCCGCGGUCGCCAUCGCGGUGAACCUAGGCUUCGCCGGUCUGCUCUCCGUCUUCUUUCCGCGUAUCAAUUCCGGGCUAGGUGACGGCGGCUCGCUGUACCUCUUUGCGGGGCUGAAUGUCUUGGCUCUGAUCAUGGUGUUCCUGCUGCUGGAGGAGACCAAGAGGCGUAGUUUGGAAGACUUGGACCUCGUGUUUGCUGUGUCGAAGCGACAAUUUGUCAAACACCAAGCCGUCGAGUACUUGCCGUGGUUUUUUAGACGCUAUGUCCUGCGGAAGCACGAGUACAAGCCAAGUCUAUAUAUCGAUCUGAUAUGGGGGUCUGGAGGCGACGAAGAGGAGCGAACGCGGGUGAGGGAUGUGGGACGGAUGGACGGGAGGAGAGAUACUGGAGCAUACUCCGGAGCCAGCGGGCCGGCUAGACCCACCUACAUCCCGUCAAACCCCCGAUCAUUUGGCGGCGUCAGCCCGGAGUUCAAGCGAGAACCGACGCCGCGGCCCCUCCACCUGACCCCGCUAGAAUCCCUUGGGAAGGGCUCCCAUUGGCUCCGGUGCUCCAGGACAUCGUCAUUGCAUCUUGGCGGCAUAGCGAACGAGAAGCACUGCCAGAUCUCGACAACACAAGCCCUCGCCAUGUCCACAUUUCGAUUGACUAUCGAAGACGGCCAGUUCCGCGACGGCUACGGUAGACAAGUUGUGCUUCGAGGCCUCAACGUCGCCGCCGACGCCAAGCUCCCCAGCGAGCCCGAUCAACCCUCGCACAUUGGCGACGAAUUCUUUGAUGGCGACAAUGUCAAGUUUCACAACCGCCCUUUUCCCAAGGACGAGGCUCACGUUCAUUUCUCGAGGAUAAAGCGCUACGGAUACAACACCAUCCGUUACGUCUUUACCUGGGAGGCCAUCGAAGCCGCUGGCCCAGGACGUUACGAUGAAGAAUGGAUCCAGCACACGAUUGAGAUUCUGAGGAUAGCCAAAGAGUAUGGGUUCUACAUCUUCAUGGACCCUCACCAGGACGUGUGGUCGAGGUACUGCGGCGGUUCUGGCGCCCCAAUGUGGACAAUCUACGCCUGCGGCCUCAACCCGCAGAGCUUCUCCGCCACCGAGGCCGCGAUCGUGCACAACACAUACCCGAAGCCCGAAGAGUUCCCCAAGAUGAUCUGGUCGACAAACUACUGGCGUCUCGCCGCCGCGACGAUCUUCACCAUGUACUUUGGUGGCAGGGAUUUUGCCCCAAAGUGCAUCAUCAACGGCAUCAACAUCCAGGACUUUUUGCAGGGCCACUUCGUCGCCGCCUGCGCGCACCUCGCGAAGCGCAUACACGAGGCCGGCGACCUUGAGAACGAGGUCGUCAUCGGGUGGGAGAGCAUGAACGAACCGGGCUGCGGUCUGGUCGGCUACCAGGAUAUCGCCGUCAUCCCCAACGCGCAGAAGCUGAAGAAGGGCUCGUGCCCGACGAUCUGGCAGACGCUCCUCACAGGAUCUGGCCGCGCCUGCGAGGUGGAAACGUGGGACAUGGGUGGCAUGGGCCCGUACAAGGUCGGUCGUUCACUGAUUGACCCCCACGGCGAGAUGGCUUGGCUACCCGCCGACUACGACGACUCGAGAUACGGCUGGAAGCGAGACGAGGGUUGGAAGCUUGGGGAGUGCAUUUGGGCCCAGCACGGUAUCUGGGACACGAAGACGGAUACUCUGGUCAAGAAGGACUACUUCUCCAAGAACCCUAGGACCGGGAAGACGAUCGACCACCCAGAGUUUACGAAUACGUAUUUCAUGGACUCGUACCGGUUAUACAGAGACGCUAUCCGCCCCAUUCACAAGAACUGCAUUAUGCUGAUGCAAUACCCGACACUCGAGUUACCACCUCAAAUCAAGGGCACCGCCGACGACGAUCCGAUGAUGGCCUUUUCACCGCAUUGGUACGAUGGUAUCACUCUUAUGACGAAACGAUGGAAUAGAGUGUGGAACGUGGACGUUGUAGGCGUGUUGCGUGGGCGGUACUGGCACGAGGCGCUUUCUGUCAAGGUCGGUGAGACUGCUAUUCGAAACUGCUUCAAAGACCAGCUUGCGUCAUUGCGGCAAGAAGGUCUGGAUAGAAUGGGCAAUCACCCAUGCGUUAUGACGGAAUUCGGUAUCCCAUACGAUAUGGGCAACAAGAAGGCGUAUAAGACGGGGGAUUACUCGGAUCAGUCAGCUGCCUUGGAUGCCAACUACUUUGGUGCCGAAGGCUCAGGUAUGGAGGGCCACUGUUUGUGGGUUUACGUUGCAAAGAACACUCACGAGCACGGUGAUCUUUGGAACGGCGAGGAUCUGUCAGUCUUCUCACUAGACGACAAGACACUACCCAUGUCGCCUCUCCCCCGCAGCCCAUCACCCAACCCGUCGUCAGACCUCAAGCGCAACUCCAUGAGCAGAGACGUCCCGGACGAAUCGACCGUCACGCCGGAAAACCUGCAAGGCACAAUCACGAACCCCUCGAUAUCAUCCGCCCCCUCCAAGGACCCAGAGCUGACCAACGCGCCGGGCCUCCGCGCUGCCGAGGCCUUUGUGCGGCCGACCCCCGUCGUCGUGGCGGGUGACGUGUUGGAGUACGGCUUCGACCUGCGCAGCUGCACCUUUACGCUCAAGCUCAAGGCCGCCGCGCCUCCAUCCGAGACCGCGCCGACGGUGGUGUUCUUGCCCGAGUUCCACUACCCGCAGGACAACUGCACGGUCGAGGUGUCGUCGGGCAAGUGGGCGAUCAGUAUGGAUGAUGACGAGGGCCCGCUGCUGCAGAAGCUCAAGUGGUGGCACGCGGACGGCGAACAGACGCUCAAGGUUACGGGCUUGGUGAGGCAGCAUAACAUCGUCGAAGGGUCCGAGGAGGACAUGGGGUACCUGGAGCAGUGCCAGCAGAACUACGCUAGGUGCAGUGUGAUGUAA